AUGACUUUUGCCUCAUCAAAAAUAAAUGACCCCCAUGAUAUUGUUAAAGCUGCUACCGUGACCGGGAAGCUGAAUGGACUCAAUUCGAAACCUUUGCAUAUGCGGGACAUCGAAAUGGUUCGACUUAUUGGACAGUACCUCUGUGAUAAGGGAUACAGCAAUGCUUAUGAACAAUUAGCUAAGGAUUCAGGCAUUGUCCUCGAACCUCAACCAGCCACCGAUCUCAGGGCGGCCAUUUUGUCUGGAAACUGGGAAGCGACUGAGAAGGCUGUCGAGGAGCUCGCUCCUACUAUUAACAACCCAUCUAAUCUUGCACAUAUUCGUUUUCUUCUGUUGGAGCAACAAUUUCUCGAAUUACUUGAGGCAGAAGAAGUGAUUUCGGCUCUUACACUUCUUCGUAAUCGUAUAACACCCCUUCAGCCGGAUCCUAAACGACUUCAGAAUUUGGCUCAAUGUCUUAUGUGUCGAACUGCCGAAGAGCUUCGUGAUCAAGCUGGUGGGUGGAGUGGAACCAAUGGCAGAAGUCGCUCCGUCUUAGUCGACUGUAUCCAGCGUUUCAUGCCGGCGCAAACCAUGCUGCCACCUGGCAGGCUAGAGACCCUUGUUACAGAGGCGAUUCGAUCUCAGCUUACCACAUGCACUUUUCACACACAACCUAUCUCUUGGCCUGAAGCUCUUGAGUCCACUUCCCUGUUGCAGCCACACACUUGUAGUAUCCAGGACUUCCCCGUGUUCCCGGUGCAGAAAAUCGAUCAUCGUGACAGCGAGUUGUACUUUUGUGUCUUUUCUCCCGAUGGCAAUUACCUAGCCACAGGUGGUAAAGAUGCCAACGUGGAUGUCUGGAAGGUGGAUCCAGAGACCCACACAAUCCACUCCUCGCGAACCCUCUUCACCAUUGAGGCCUCCAUCAACCACCUAUGCUGGUCUCCAGACUCGAAAAAGUUGGCUGUGUGCUGUGGGUCUCGACCAGGUCCUAUCUUGGUCUUUGACGUUGCCACUCGACGUCAGUUAUGCCAGAAGCAGGAGAAGAGUGAGGACGUGUACGGGGCGGCGACAUUCUUCGCAGACAGUCGAAAGCUCGCAUUCGGCGGGCUCAAAGGCGGCUGUUUCUAUAUCAUCGACACAGAGGACGAAGGAAAAGUGCUAUUCACCCACGAGUACUGUCGAGUGCAGAGUAUGGUUGCCCUUCUCACCCCUUCCUCGCCUUCCUCUGCAAUGGUGGCAGCCACGCUUGCCGCUGGUCUCACUCCAGAUUCCACCGUCGACCUGGAUUCCAGCACCCCCCUACAACAUCCCUCAACAGCCGCUGCUGUCGCCCUUGAACAACUCCUUGCGCCCGUAGAUCAGCUCCUCGUCGUCGACCACAUGUACCGCAUUCGACUUUUCAAGUUCGGUUACACAUUGCCUGGAGCGGGUGACAGCGUUGCCAACACAGGACCUGGCCAUUCCAGUUCGGCUACACGUGGCCGCAUCAUCCUCCCUCAGGAAGUGGAUCCAGCCACUGCGGCUUGGACCAGUGCCGGAGCGGGUAGUGGGAGCGUCGCGUCAAUACUUGCGGCCCUGCAAAGCUCCCUCAUGCCCUCACGUGUGGUCGCAAGGAGUGCCGGCGUGGUGCCUCCUCCAAUGCAGGCAGGCGGUGUCAGUGCCGGCGUGGCGUCUGUGCGACAAACCACCUCGGAUUCAAAUAUCGGCGUUCUCGGUGUGAGCAGACAUCAGGCGCAUGCGGCCAGUUCUCCGGGAUCCGCUCUCGGUCUAUCAACAGAUUCGCGUGGUGGUAGCAGCGGUGGGAGUGGCAGUGGCAGCACAAGCCUUGCCCACCAGGUGGUGCUUCAUGCCCAGGCCAGCCCCACUAGCCCCGGCUUCGCCCUGCUUGCCAUCAAUCGAGACGGCAGCACGUCAAGCGUCUCCAGCCUCACCGGUCAAGGUGUCGGUGCUGCAGCCGAAUCGAUAUUCCAAAUCUCCGGUGACCCCAUGUCACCUUACACAGGCUCUGCAGUGACCUCGGCGACAGCUGUUCGCUCGCCAGCCAUCAUCGCUCGCAUCAUGCAAAACUACGCCCUCGGCCGCAGUGCGUCCAUUGUGUCGACACCUCCCUCGCGCAGUGGGGGUGGCACGUCACGAGCAUCAGCUACUCCCGGGUACUUAGAGGUCUUCUUUUCUCCAUCAAGUUCGACAAUGGCGGCGACCAUUCAGGAGGGCGACUCAGAGACGGCCGAGGUUUCAACAAAUACCGAGGGUGCCACAGGAGGAGGCGGCGGCCCCGGGGAGCAGGCCAGCUCCACCUCCACGUCAACCUCCACGACGACCUCCAAUUCAUCCCAGAGCCAGGUCUACGGUCUCCUGCAUCAGGCCACUCUCAUCAAGGAGAUCCACCCCAUUCAGUCCAUCGUUCUCUCUCCCUCCGGGAAACGCCUUCUUGUCGGUCUCAAUGCCAAGGGCCUAGUUCUCUGGGACUUGGAGUCGCGUGGCAUAAUCCAACGGUUCUACGGGCACCAUCAGGUUCAACAGCGACUUUUCUACACAUUUUGCGGUAUUAACGAGGACUUCGUGGCCUGCGGCAGUGAAAACGGUUUCGUCCAUAUCUGGCACGUGGGCGGUCCCGAGAAUUGCCGGCCAAUCCACUCCGUGGUCGCGGCCAAUAACAACGGAAUUCCGGUGACGGGCGUCCACUGGAACCCCUCGGUGCCCACAAUGAUGGCAUCAGUCAACGACGACGGCGAAAUCCGGAUCUGGGGACCUGCAAAAUACGCCACCGGCUGCACGUGA